AUGAGUGAGAAAGCGUCAUCCCCCAAACAAGCACCGGUGUCGCCGGCCGAGCCUGUGUCGCCUGUGUCGCCUGUGUCGCAGAAGUCACGGUCUGGUCGUGAACCGUCGGAAGGCGCGGGACUUCAUGAUGUUGAACAUUGGGCUGCACUAGCGCAGAAUGUUAGUGAUGAUGAUGCUGAUUCAUCGUUGGGAGACGAUGCCGAGUCUUCGACAGCUUCUAUGACUUCGAGCAUCCUCAAUUACAGAACUAUCAAGGGAAGGACAUACCACUCUGAAAGAGGUAAUGCGGAGUACUGGGCAUCCAAUGAUGCACAGCAGAACGAAGCCAUGGAUAUUAUUCAUCACUUUUUGGUCCUCACUCUUGAAGGGAAGCUCUAUCUCUCCCCUGUGAAAGACAAUGUCAAAUCGGUUCUCGAUGUAGGGACCGGCACAGGUAUCUGGGCGAUUGACUUUGCAGAUGAACACCCACAUGCCGAAGUGAUAGGUACCGACAUCUCGCCGAUACAACCAAAUUGGGUCCCCCCAAACGUCAAGUUUGAGAUCGAGGACUGCACUCAGCCCUGGACCUUUGCGCCAAACUCAUUUGACUUUAUCUAUAUGCGUUAUCUAUAUGGCUCUAUAGGCGACUGGUCAGCGUUGUUCCACGAGGCAUACCGCGCCUGUGCGCCUGGUGGCUGGGUCGAAAGCUUUGAAGCCUCGCCUUGUCUAGAAAGUAGCGACGGUAGUGUCCAAGAAGGUAGUGCUAUGAGCGAAUGGGGAAAGUUCUUCAUAGAGGGUGGUAAGAAGCUAGGACGAACCUUUACCAUUCUCGACGACGAUCUUCAACAGAAGGGAAUGGAGGAGGCAGGUUUUGUUGAUCUGCAGACAUGGGACUUUAAGGCCCCGGUUGGUAGCUGGCCUAAAGAUCCUAAGCUGAAGGAGAUCGGGAGAUUCUCACACGCUGCGAUGGAGCAGGAUUUAGAGGGGUUUGUGCUGUACAUGGCAAGCUUCGUGUUGGGGUGGUCAAAGGAGGAGGUGACGGUUUACUGCUCACAGCUUCGGCGGGAGAUGCGCUCGGCGAAACAUCACCCUUACUGCAGAUUGAGAAUUGUUUACGGGCGUAAGCCAGAGUGA